ACAUUAUUGUACGACGCAAAUUGAACAAAGAAACUCUUCAUUUGUUGAAAUAAACCGGUUUCGAGCGGCCUAAACAAAACGGUGGUACGCGUGCAUCAACGCACGCACGAGCACGAACGAAAGCAACACCACCCCAUCCCUCACCCAAAGCAUAACGCCACGGCCGUGAUCGCAGCCGCGCACGAAAGCAUACUUUUUCGCUUCCCGCAGUUGCGUUCGGAAAGUUGUUGAGCAUAGGUCGUCGCCGUUGUCGUCGUUGUUGCCAUUCCGGCCGUACUCGAGAGUCCGCGUCAGUGCAUUGAAGCCUUUUCGACGGCAAAUACGACAUACGCAGUGUGCGGCGAUUUUAUCCAUCCGUGUGCCCGUGUGCGUUUGUGUGUGUUGAACGUGUGAAAUCGCGAUAAAAAAGGCAGGUGGUUCAUCUUAAACCACCAUCUUGCAGCUCUUCAGUACGAGAGCCAACCAACGCAACCAUUGAAGCCAUCUGCAUUUUGUUGAAAAGCAACCCACAAAAAGGCUUUCUCGAUUUUUCUACAUUGUGCGUGCGAGUGUGUUUUCGGGGGAUAAAAUAAUUAUAGUGUAAAGGUGUAAAAUUGUUAUACAAUCUCUUGAAGCUCCAGCAACGCCAGUAUGUCCAGCAGCAUUCAGAUUACGGCCGACGACAAACCGGCAACCACUGCCGGCUUGAUCACACCGACCAAGACGCCGGGUCCGCCGCCGCCAGUGUCUAGCAUUCCCUCCAGCCCGUCCCAUCUGCAGCUGCCGUCGCCGAUUAUAACGCGCCGCACCAGAACCGCUUCGACCUCCGAUCGUGCCAUGCGUAACCCGAUCGAGGAGGGCAAGGUGAAGUCGUUCAGCAGAAGCAAAGGUCACGGGUUUAUCACACCGAAUGCCGGCGGUGACGACAUCUUCGUACACAUUUCCGACAUCGAGGGCGAGUACGUGCCGUUGCCCGGUGACGAGGUGAGCUAUCGGCUCUGCUCCAUCCCGCCGAAGUACGAGAAGGUGCAGGCGAUCCAUGUGCAAAUAACGCACCUGACGCCGGAAAAGCAUUCGCGCUGGGAAACGUGCAUGAGCCACGACGACGGCCAUCGGCUGCAUUAGGGCAGGUGGAACGAGCCGGCGCCGGAUCAGCUACUACCCCACCACCAUCACCACUACCAGCAGCGCCAGUUGGUAGGGAAAGCAGGAGGAGGAGGUGGUGGUGGUGGUGAUGGUGGCAAGCAUGAUUCACGCCGGUGGCCCGAUAUAUCGUUCGAUUUUGCGUUGGAUGAUGAAUAGUGGCGCGACGGUCGACGCGAGAGAGAGAGAGGGGGGCAAGCAGAAGAGAAGCGUAAGAUGAUCCUCGUGGUGUGCAGUAAACAAAAACAUGCAGACACAGACACACAUAGUUUAGGGCAGUUUAUUAUAACCGUGUUGACAGGCUGCGUCCGUUCAGUAUUUUCGUUCAUUAGUUAGAGGGCGAUGGAGGCGCCUGGUUGUCCAGCGAAUUGUUCUGCUUAGUUUCAUCGGCAGCGGCGGCGGCGGCGGCGGCGGCGCGUUUAAUAGGUGUUGUUGUGCUGCCCUAAAUGCACAACAGAACAAAAAUAAUCGAUACGGUUUUAUUGGUUAAAAUGUUGCGCUCCUUACCGAAGGAUAAUAAAGGGUGUUGUGGUGGCAGCGUCUGCGACUUACCAGAUUAUCUUGGAAAGUGAAACAUCUAUUCAAUAAUUUGGCACGUGCUGUGGCACCAUAAACACACACAACCACAGAGACACCAACACACAGGAAGGAUUUUAAUUAAUAAGUGCAAACACCGUUGGCCCAUAAAUGCCAGCAUCACACGACGGGGGCAUCACACUGAACAUGCGACAGUAGAGCCGUGCUGAAUGGAGCGAACGAAAAAGUCAGGAGAGCGGAUUAGCCGCAGGAUAAACCGUUGCAGCAGCAACAGCAGCUUUUCGCGUGUGUGUGUGUGUGUGUGUGCAAGAGAAGAGAAGAAAAAAAUAACAAAUUGACCUGCAACCCACACACGCGCGUCCUGGCAUGCUCCAGUUUGUCCACCAUCUCGCCCGGAUAGGACAAAGGAUCGUUGGAAGGGGGCAAACAAAAGCGCGAGACCGUGCACAAUAUAUACAAUGCUCGCAAGCGAUUCUUCUUACUCACUAAUUGCUCUCGCUUUACCUUUUCUUUCUCCUGCAGCCCAAUACACAAACUCACACAAACACACACACACUCUUUACUCUUUUUUGUUUGGUUAGUGCUGAGCAAGCAAAAAGGAUGAUUAAAGACGAAAGAAAAGUGAAAAAAUGAUAUAAUUCAGGUCGCCGUCGUCGUCGUUGUCGCUUAGGGACAGCAGAAGGAAUAAAACGAAAUAAUAAAAAAAAUGUACGUUGGCCGAUUAGAGAAGUAAGCUUUUCCUUCAGGGCCGAAACACGGCGAUCCCGAUGAAUGGCGCUGCGUGAGAGGAUUUAUGGAAGAAAAAAAAGGCAAGUUCGUUUAUUCGCAAGUUGCUGCUUUGUGUGGUGCGAGCUAGCAGACACAAACUCGGGCGGGGGCAGCGAAUGAAGCGAAAGACAUCUCCGAACCUAUUGUACAACGAAAAAUUAGACCGGAAGGAAACGCACAUACGGUGGGGAGCGGGAAAAUGCGGGUUAGAUCUUGCACACUCCCUCUCCCCAGCAGUGUGAUAAUGAUAAUUGACAUUAAUUCAAUUGCAAUCAGGCUUUAUCGUUUCCUUUUUCCUGUUUUGGUGAAAAAACACGCUCUCGCUUCAUUGUGGGCGCAAACAGCUGAAAAUGUGUCCCCGCAACACACACAAACGCAAAGAAGUCCAUACGCGCACGCACGACAGAAUGUUGGAAAAAAAUUCAAAUAUUCCGCUCACGGAACAAUGCAGGUCAGAGACAAGCUACCAAGCACGGUAAAUAUACAUAAACAUAUAUACAUAGAGCCAUCCAGCAAAAGCGAUAGACAGUGACAGUGAAGGGAGGUACAUUUACUAACAAACAAAAAACAAGGUAAAAUAGAAGAAAAUGCGGGAGGGCACAGUUUUGUAAGAAUUUAGAUACCGCAACACGUUACAGCAAAUCUAAUAACGCUAGCGAUUUAAUGAACAGCGAGCCAUAACAUUGCAAAGCAUAUUUCAGGCAGCGGCAAAGUGUAUUGGUGAAUGGUGUGUGUGUGUGUGCCUAUGUAUGUACAUCUUUUUUGAAGUAAUUUUUGGGCGUCCGGUUGGGUGUCCAGGAGCAUAUAUACGCGGCGACGGGCAGUAGAGCGAAAACUGCGCCUAAAUGUAGGCAAACCGCUUUAGACGCAAAAGUUUAUCCUUUGCGUUUGGGCGAUAUACGCAAAACACAACACCCCGCAACAGCGGAUGAAUAGUCGUUUGAUAGUUGGAUAAUACUAAACGUUAAGCGCAAACUGCACCAACCGCACAGAAACAGCAAAAAAAAGCAACGUAUUUUGUAAUGAAAAAAAAAAAAAACGAGGAAACCGCGUUUGUAUUGUGUACGUGUAUAAUGUUCAGGAAUAAUUGUUGAAAUACAUUCACCAUAAUACAGUUUAAACACCAUCUUUCCCUGGAGCAACUGUAUGCUUUACCACCACCAUCAGCCCGUCCCCGUGCACUGUCCAGCGCGAGCGGUUUUGUGUAAUGGGGUCAGAUUUGUAGGGGGGUUUGUAGGGUAUGGUAGUUUGAAGCUCACUUAGCAAACAAACACACCCGGAGAGGGAGAUGUAUCCUUUUUCCGCGAAGUAGGGUUUUGCGAGCUUUACAACAACCGAAGAAGGGAAGAAAGAGUUUUAAGUUUUACCACAAAUAAUCCACACAAAAGCUUCUGCAUAAUCACCGCGCCACCGGUUCCAAGUACAACACGGUUACGGGGUUCUCUUACUCACUUUCUCCUCUCUCUCUCGCUCUCCCGCUUUGCCGGUAAGAUGAUCGGAUUAUCCGCGGAUGAUUGGUAAUGCAAAGAAGCUUUCGUUGCGCGGGAAGCAACGGCACACAAAUUGAAGGGUCAGACCAGGAGCAAAAACAAAACAAAACAAAAAACAGGGCAUAAUAAUCCUAUUAAAUUCCAUCACUACCUUAAGAGUCGGCUGGAUCUUACCUCACACAACCGUCCCUACCAACGCGGUGAUUACCAAACCGAGAUUAAAUGUGGGUGAAGGGCUUUAACAAGCUAGGAUUAUUGCAUAGAUUCGGGCAGUUAAAAAUUGCGCCAAUGAUCGUGAAUAAUUGAGAAAGGAAUACAGUAAGCUUACUUACACCUAUUUACCCUCACAGAUUAAAGCAAAAAAAGAACCACCAAACUGCCCAUGUAGCACAACAACACGCCUCCGUGGAUCCGUAAUGUUUCGCUGUGCUCGGGGCACGGAACCUACACCAAAUAUAUGGGUUGGAUCGGCGUUUUUUUAAUGAAAUCCACAGCACACUUUGCCUCAUAGCAACAGGGGAUGACCCCCAUCCAGCCUUUCCCAUAUAUUGAUGGUCAGUGUCAAAAGAGUCUUAACUUAAAGAAGAACAAAAACAUUCUCCAGUUGCAUUACUCAAAACCCUAGUGGACCAAACAAUAACAACCAAAAGAAAAUGAUAAAAAACGAUAAACAUAAGAAUGUAAGUACCCAAGAGGCCGACAAACAUCCUCAAAAUAUCCACACACAGCCCAGCCACACAGUGGAAAAGUUGAAGAGCGUUGGAAUUUGGUCGAACAUUUUCCGCUUCUAUUUUCUUACCUUUUUUCCUUCCAAUUUGUGUUGGUGCGUUUGCCUGCCCGUGACGUGCUUUAUUUGAUAAAAAAAAGGAGCAAUUUUAAUUGCGUUAAAGUGUGUGUGUGUGUGUGUGAAGUAAGGGAAAGAUAAAUACGGUAAAUCCUAUCCAUAAUGUUCUCCUGUAAAGCGGGAUACAAAAAAGGGCAGACGUUUCGAUGAACUUUACGUGCGUGCCAGGCCAGGAACUCGAUUAAAGGUAACGCAAUUUCAUCCACGUGCGUUCCUUUUCUUUUCGGUUCACUUGUAGAGAGACAUAAUAAUAAAAAAAACGCGACGAGAGAACAACGAAUCGGGGGGGUGUAGUAGAAUAGAUAAACGAAAAUAAAAUAAUUUUAUAAUCCUUUCGGGGCCGUCCGUGCGAGAAGCUCACUUUCACACACAGCCAACACAGGCGCACGUCUGCCUGCCUUUUGUUUCUUUAUCUCCUUUAUUCUCCCGGAGUGGAGUGAAAAAUUCGGGAAAAUCGUGCACCAAAUGUUAUAUCCUGGUAAUUAUGUUUGUUGCUGAAAAAGUGAAUCGAUUUUGGUCUUUUUUUUCCUGUUGCCUUUUUUGUUGUACCGCUACAAUGCAAUGAAAUAUGUGAAAUGGAAGAAUUGGAAAUUGAAAGCAUUUCUUUGUUUUCCUUUUUAUUGUUUAUUUGCAAACAGAAAUAAAAAAAAAGCUGUUGCACUUACAUAUUGAUUGAUCACAUUAAAUCCUUAAAAAUGAUGCAUAAAAUGCAAAACAAGCACAAGUGAUGGGAAAAGUGAUUUGCGAA